AUGGCCGAAGAGGAUAAUCGAUGGAUGAUGCAAACUGGCACGUUGUCGGAUUUUACAAUCGUCUGUCAAGAUGAAAAGAUACCAGUCCACAAGGUAGUACUCGCCAUGCACUCCAAGUACUUUGAGACCAUGCUCCGCAGUAAAAACAAGGAGAGCAGAGACGGUGUCGUCGAGUUCGAAGACGUCAGACCGGACCUAAUGCGUCACUUGCUCGACUAUUUCUACAAGGGCACUACUGAAUGGAACGUGCCCAAGGCUGAUCUUCUUCUGCAUGUCGAACUCUGGAUCCUCGCCGAUCGGCUCGACGCAAAAACAGCCAUGCUCACUAUUGAGAAGCGAACAAUGGCCGAGUUGAAGCCCUUCAAGAACAAGACCCGUGUCACCGGUGAAGGCAUCCUUGACUUGGUUAUCACGCACCCGACUUGUGAGACAUCUGUCAUGCCAUACAUCAUCAGCGAGGCCGCUUACGUCGUGCUUCUUGAUCCGAAACGUCAGGUUUCCGCUGGGAAAGUGAAGGAUGCGAUCUCAAGACACCACACACUGGCAGAAUUGAUGGCCUAUUGGUCUGCCAAGUACGUUGCGUCCAGUAGCCACCAAGGCAUAAUCUCUCUGUCGGCCAAGGGUGAGCAUGUGCGGGACGACGUGAUCGCCAAAUAUCUCACGAGGCCAUUACCAAAGAAGUGUCUUGUCAGGGCCGACUCUGUGCCAGGGCCUAGGUAA